AUGUUCUUCAAUGCGGUUUUGGAACGGCGCUCUCAGGAAGGUCUGGGACUGGCCAUCAGGCGUGGAUAUCCCGAGGAGUGGGCAUUGGGCUAUGGGGCAUUGGUGGUGGAUAUUCUUCCAACCGGUCCGGCAUAUGGAAAAUUGCGACCUGGAGAUGUAAUAAUAUCUGUAAACGGAGUUUCAUUUGAGAGAAAAUCUCAUUCUGAGAUACUUGAACUACUUCGAAGAGUUGAAGGCAUGGUGAACUUAUUGGUCUAUCGUAGCGAAGAGGUGGAAGUUUCAGAAGACCGACAAAAAGCUCCAGUUGGAUUGAAUUCUGCAUCCUGCCAGUCCCUCUUUCUUCCUGAUGGAAUAUCCAAUAAUUCUCAACAAAAGUAA